ACGCCAGCCCACUCGGAGUCAUUUUGGGGAAGAGGUCACCGUUGCUGUACUGUACAUGAGUUUAUUGGAAAGAGGCAGAGCUCAUUCUGCUGCAGACGAUCACCACCAUGUGACUGUCGUUAACAGACUCACACAGAGAAGAGGCGCACAACCUGAUCCAUGCGUCUGGAUCAGCAGCAUCAGACGUGGAUUCCUCCUCCUGCUCCUCCUCCUUCUCCUCCUGCUCAGGUGGUGGCCCUUUUUUCUGGAAGUUACGCGUAAACAAACUUCCCUGAGAUGUUUUUGUUCACGCAAGGUCUGUGCUUCCUGCCAGUGUUUCUGGUCGUCUGGUCUUCCUCCACCUUCAUCAUUUCCUAUCUGAUCGCGAUUUUCAGGGGCGACGUCGAUUUAAUCUUCCCGUACAUCAGUGACACAGGUGCUAAACCCCCGGAGAGCUGCAUUUUUGGCCUGAUGACAUUCAUCUCUGCCUGUGCAGGAAUAUCCACCAUUUACGCCCGAUACAAGUUUGUGGAGAAGCUGGGUGAGGAGACAGGGGCGAGGAGGACGGGUCUCAAUAGAAGUGGUCUGGGGGUGGGGCUGCUCUCCUGUCUGAGCAUGUGCAUUGUGGCCACCUUUCAGAAAACAGCCGUGAUGUUAGUCCAUGACAUAGGAGCGGUGCUGUUCUUCGUCUCCGGCAUCACGUACAUAAUCCUCCAGUCGAUCAUUUCCUAUCGGACCUAUCCGUUCGGAUCCUCCUCCAGCCUGUAUCGAGUGCGUUCGGGCAUCGCCAUGCUUGCUGCGCUGGCGUUUUUCCCCGCUAUCAUCUGUGCCUCUUUUGUGAAGCAGAGCACGCUGAUCCGAGACCGAGAGGCAGAGGACUAUCCUUUCUACCUGGCCAGCGCUGUAUGUGAGUGGGUCGUCGCCUUCAGCUUCAUCCUCUUCUUCCUCACGUACAUCGACGAUUUCAAAGUUUUUACUUUACAUGUGAAAACAGAGCUGGAGGAGUCGUCGUGAUCUGCAGCUGAACGCCAGUAUUUUUUUUUUUUUUUAUGAGAGUUUUAUGCCUUUUUAUUUUUGUACACAACAACAUAUUGUGAGUCUAUUGGGAGAGCAGGUUAUUUUCGCCAUCUUUCUAUUAUUGCGUUGUAACAGCUGGCCGUCAGAUUUGGGGUUUAAGGAAAAAAGAACUGACAACAGCCUGAUUUUUUAUACUGUUUAAACGAUCCCAAGGUGUACUCAUGUGUUCAUGCCGCCCGUUGUCACAGGACCGUCACUUUGCACUUUGCACUCCUGACUCCUGCCACAUCAGCUGAACACUUCCUCUCGGACCUGUGACCACUCAUACGAGAAGUUGUGGCCGUGCAGUGAUCACCUGACUGCUGCACAUGUGAUUUAAUCUCAAACCAAUUAAGUGUUGUUCUGUGGGAACAUUGUUUUGUGAGAAGAUUUGAGAAAUGCCAAACUAAUACUGUAUAUGUAUAUGGGGUACUGUUUUUAUAUUGCACACCAGGAAACAGAUGUUUUUAUAAGCAUCAGUGUUCGGUACAGACAAUGAUGAAGGGAGUUAAUCUCUUUCAGUGGAUGCUCCGGUUCAGAGUUUCGGUUGCAGGUACUGACUGUACACUGCGGUCAUAUAGUGCAGCUGUGGAUGUGACUGUGCACGUGACCACAUCCGGGAAUCAUGCACUUAGGAUCAAGCUGUUUUUUAUACAGGAGAAUUAGACCAUUGUGAGAAUUAGUCGCUCAAUGAAACUGCCAAAUUUCAUUCUUAUAAUAAACAGGAAGAGGUGUGUUCGAUGUGCUUUAACGCCCUCUCAGAGAAUGCGUAGCGCUUCCCUAAAUUCUUUCACUCAUGACUCUUUAGGACUAAAUGAAAGUCUUAAUUUCUUUCUCUUCUUUUGAAUCAAGCACUAGGAUUUAUCCACAUUAUAAAGCCUUCACAAGAACACAGAUUCACAAUUUUUCCACCUCAGAUACUGUAUUUACAUUGGGAAAAGUUUUGUUUGUUCAAUUACUUUUGUAUUUUAGCUUGUGACAUAAUAUACUGCACAUAUCAUAAUUUCCUGCUGAGCUUAAUGAGAAGAUAAUAUGAUAGUAUUAAGAAGAAGGAUGCACUUUUUGAACAAAUUAUAUGAGUGUUUAUUACAGGCACAAAUCACAGAUGCAACGAUUCUCUCUCUUGUAACCAAAGUGCUUUUCAGACGUCUCUACACUAUUGUGUAAUGUCCAUUCAUAGAAAUCUUAUCAAAAGACAAUAAAUGUAUUUUGUACUAAAACA